CGCUUUGCGAGGGCCUGUUUGUUAGCGUGCACCUCUGCAGCUCCUCUGCAUUUCGCUGUGCGCUGACAUGGCGGAGUCGCCGAGCAGUGGGAGCAGCCAGCGCGCGGCCGCCAUGGCUGCCCUCAGUGCUUCGUCGGAUGAGAUCCAAGUCAACGCACGGCACGUGAGCUCCGAGCAAAAAGCGGCCGAAGGGGAAAAGGCUCUGCAGUCGGCGCGGCAGCAGGCGAUGGCAAACCUGAACCGCAAGGGUAGUGCCGGUGUCGUCUCAAAAUCGCAGGGCUCGAGCCAGCAUGGGCAGGCCCUCGCGGGCCUGCAGGGCAAGCUGGCGGAUGAGGUGGGCACCGGCGCCAAGGUCGUCCCAAACUGGAAGAUGACCGCCGCGCAGAAAAACGCCGCCGCGGCUCGCGCAGAGAUCAAGGGCUCGGGCAACCACGCUGCGGCAAAGGCGCUGUUUGGUGGCGGCCCUAAAGUCCUCCCCUCCGGCGGAGGGACGCCCACGAGCUUUGUCCCGGUGCAAAAGUCGCCCGCCGGAGGCGCGGCACGCAAGCCGCCGGCCGCCGCGGCGACACCACCGCCGCCGGCAGCGGCGGUCGGGUCUUCGGUCGGGAGCAGCACGGCAGAGGCUCAGGAGGGGGUGGAGAAGGAUCUGGCGCUGCUGCUCGCCGCCUUCCCGCGACUCGGCACCGCCGAGGCGGACGGCUCGAUCAGCACGACCUUUGGCAAAGUGAUGGACGACGAGGAGCUCGAGCAGCAGCUCGAGUCGCUGGUGGGCACGCUCAAGGCGGGCCGCAAGCGAGGACUCCUGCAGUGGGAAGGCCAAAUCCUCCUCAAGGGCCCGCACGAUGCCGUGCCCAUCAAGUACGUCGGCCAGGCCUGAUUCGGACGAAGUUUGAGCGCGGGCAGAGCGCAAGCCGCGCGCAGACCCAGCGGAGCGCGCCCGAGGAGGUGCACGGCAGCAGCGAGAGCGCGGCGCAACGACGCCACCGUGCCGGCAACGCAGUAUGAUUUUUGUGCAGGGCAGAGGACACAGGCAGAGAUUUGGUGAUGCCGCCCCCGUAUUUGCUAACACUACCUACGUAUGUUCCUCACAUCUCGGACUUCGUGUGUGUUGUGAUAUAGUGCUAUACGGUCCGUUCGCGCGCGCUCUGCUGAUGUUUCGACGUCCCUCGACGUUUUUGAACAAAGGCUAAGUUUUUUCUGCGCUCGACUACUUCUAUAACAAAUUUUAACAU